AUGGGAGAUCCAGCGGAGAGCUUCGGAUCGGAAGGUUUGGAUUCCGCCGCCGCCGUUAAGACCGACGACCUUUGUAUGGAAAUCGAUCCGCCAUAUCAGGAAAACGUCGCCACCGCCGAGGACUGGCGGAAAGCUCUCAACAGAGUCGUCCCUGCCGUCGUCGUCCUCCGCACCACUGCCACUCGCUCCUUCGACACCGAGUCCGCCGCCGCCAGCUACGCCACCGGCUUCAUCGUCGACAAGCGCCGCGGCAUCAUUCUCACCAAUCGCCACGUCGUCAAGCCAGGUCCGGUGGUUGCAGAAGCGAUGUUUCUGAACCGCGAAGAGGUUCCGGUUCAUCCGAUUUACAGAGAUCCGGUACAUGAUUUUGGGUUCUUUCGUUAUGAUCCUGGUGCUAUACAAUUUCUGAACUAUGAGGAGAUACCACUUGCUCCUGAAGCUGCCUGUGUAGGACUAGAAAUCAGAGUUGUUGGUAAUGAUAGUGGUGAGAAGGUUUCCAUUUUGGCUGGUACUCUUGCUCGCUUGGAUAGGGAUGCUCCUCAUUAUAAGAAGGAUGGGUAUAAUGACUUCAACACAUUCUAUAUGCAAGCAGCAUCUGGGACCAAAGGAGGGUCAAGUGGUUCCCCAGUUAUAGAUUGGCAAGGCAGGGCAGUGGCCCUGAAUGCUGGGAGCAAGUCAUCAAGUGCAUCAGCAUUCUUUCUGCCUCUAGAACGAGUUGUGAGGGCAUUGAGGUUUCUUCAAAAGGGAAGUGAAACUUAUGUUGAUAAAUGGAAGGCAGUUUCUAUACCUCGUGGUACACUUCAGAUGACAUUUCUCCAUAAAGGGUUUGAUGAGACUCGUCGACUUGGCCUCAGAAGUGAGACAGAGCAGAUAGUACGUCAUGCUUCUCCAGCUGGUGAAACUGGAAUGCUUGUUGUGGACUCUGUGGUGCCAGGUGGUCCGGGUUAUAAACACUUGGAACCGGGUGAUGUUGUUGUUCGUGUCAAUGGAGAAGUCAUUACUCAAUUUCUGAAACUUGAGACUCUACUUGAUGACAGUGUAAACAAGAAUAUUGAAUUACAAAUUGAAAGGGGUGGCACAUCUAAGAGUUUAACAUUGUCGGUGCAAGAUUUGCACUCAAUAACGCCUGAUUAUUUCUUAGAAGUGAGUGGGGCAGUAAUACAUCCUCUUUCUUAUCAGCAGGCUAGAAACUUCCGUUUCCAUUGUGGUCUUGUUUAUGUGGCUGAACCAGGAUAUAUGCUCUUCAGAGCAGGAGUUCCUCGCCAUGCAAUAAUUAAGAAAUUUGCUGGUGAAGAAAUAUCAUGUCUUGAUGAACUAAUAUCAGUUCUUUCUAAGCUAUCCAGGGGUGCUCGAGUACCAUUGGAAUAUAUAAGCUACACUGAUCGUCAUCGAAGGAAGUCUGUUUUAGUGACCGUUGAUAGGCAUGAAUGGUAUGUACCACCCCAGAUAUACACUCGUGAUGACAGUACUGGCCUUUGGAAUGCUAAACCUGCUUUUAAGCUUGAUUCCCCCUUCCUAUCAUUGGGUGCUAAAGAUGUUGACAAUCUGUCUAGACAGCCAGUUUCACUAACUGGUGAGCGUGCUUGUGGGGGACAUGUGUUUGGAGAUAACAAUCAGGAGUUUGUUGAUGGUGUCACUAGCAUGGAAACCAAUUGUGAAGAUCCCUCAGAGUGUGUAUCUCACCACAAUGCAUCUGAUGGUGUGGUGAAAAAACGAAAAGUGGAGGAAGAUUUAUCAGCUGAUGGAAAUCUUGUUGCUGAUUUUUCCUUAAAUGAUACCAGGGAAACUAAGAUAGAAAAAUCAAGUAUUAUACAGGAUGACAUGUUAAUGGACUAUCAGGGUGCAACUGCAGCUACAGCAAAUGCGUCAGUUGCUGAACGUGUGAUCGAGCCGACUCUUGUGAUGUUUGAGGUUCAUGUUCCCCCAUCUUGUAUGCUUGAUGGUGUUCAUUCACAGCACUUUUUUGGAACUGGUGUCAUAAUUUAUCACUCCCAAGAUAUGGGAUUAGUUGCAGUUGACAAGAAUACAGUUGCAAUAUCUGCCUCUGAUGUAAUGCUAUCUUUCGCCGCCUUCCCUGUUGAAAUUCCAGGAGAGGUGGUAUUUCUCCAUCCUGUUCACAAUUAUGCCCUCAUAUCAUAUGAUCCCUCAGCAUUGGGACCCGUUGGGGGUUCAGUUGUUCGUGCUGCAGAGUUACUUCCAGAGCCAGCAUUACGCCGGGGUGAUUCUGUUUAUCUUGUGGGGUUGAGUAGAAGCCUACAAGCAACUUCUAGAAAAUCAGUUGUUACCAAUCCUUGUGCUGCAUUAAAUAUAGGAUCUGCUGAUUCCCCUCGCUAUAGAGCAACCAAUAUGGAAGUAAUUGAGCUUGAUACAGAUUUUGGCAGUACAUUUUCGGGUGUGCUAACAGACGAACAAGGAAGGGUCCAAGCUAUAUGGGGAAGCUUCUCAACUCAGCUGAAAUUUGGUUGCAGCACCUCAGAAGAUCAUCAAUUUGUGAGGGGUAUUCCAAUUUAUGCAAUAAGUCAGGUCCUUGACAAGAUUAUAUCAGGUGCAAAUGGGUCACCUCUUCUUAUAAAUGGUGUCAAAAGGCCUAUGCCACUUGUGAGAAUUCUAGAGGUUGAACUUUAUCCAACAUUGCUUUCAAAGGCUCGGAGUUUUGGAUUAAGUGAUGAUUGGAUUCAGGCACUUGUUAAGAAAGAUCCAGUAAGACGUCAGGUUUUACGUGUUAAAGGUUGUUUGGCUGGAUCAAAGGCUGAGAAUCUUUUAGAACAAGGGGACAUGGUUUUAGCAAUCAACAAAGAACCAGUGACAUGCUUCCGUGACAUCGAAAAUGCUUGCCAAGCUUUAGACAAAUCCGACGCCAAUGAUGGGAAGCUUCACUUGACUAUUUUCCGGCAGGGACAAGAGGUUGAACUUUUUGUGGGAACAGAUGUUAGGGAUGGAAAUGGUACUGCUCGUGCAAUUAAUUGGUGUGGUUGUAUUGUCCAAGAUCCACAUCCAGCAGUGCGUGCUCUUGGAUUUCUUCCCGAAGAAGGUCAUGGUGUAUAUGUGGCAAGGUGGUGUCAUGGGAGUCCUGUACAUAGAUAUGGUCUAUAUGCUCUUCAGUGGAUAGUUGAAAUUAAUGGAAAACCAACUCCAAAUAUAGAUUCUUUCGUUAAUGUGACAAAGGAACUAGAACAUGGCGAGUUUGUUCGUGUAAAGACAAUUCACCUCAAUGGGAAGCCACGAGUCCUAACAUUGAAGCAAGAUUUGCAUUACUGGCCUACGUGGGAAUUGAGAUUUGAUCCUAAUAGUGCGAUGUGGCAUCGCAAUAUAAUCAAGGGAUUGAACUGCAGUACGGUCUGAAUGAUCGGAGCAAUGUAAUUCUUUCAAAUUCCUAUGGACGCAGCUGCGCUGGAGUAUAAAAAAUCUUGUGGAAGGCUUCUUCAGGUUCAGAAUUAUGGUUUACCAGUGCUGCCUCGUUGCAAAUUUGAUGCGCUUCGUCCAAAGAUAUUCUAUUGCAUUGCCAUGAUUGAUAAUUUAUGAGGCAUUCGAUUCAGGCUGGCAAUUAUUUAUUCGGUUAUGUACCGCAACAUAUGACUUGUAGGUUAAUUAUAUUGGAUGCUGGAAAGCUUGGAUAAUAAAAGAAAAAUGAAAAAUAUUUAUAGCUUUCUAUGUAUUGACGACAAAAAAAAACUUUUUUUUUGGUUUGUGAAUAUUUUGUCAACCAUCAGUUGCUUCAUUGCAAUGUAAAUAAAUACCCUAGGUAUUAUAUAGAUA